UGUCCUUGCUUGGACUUUUAUGGAGGGUUUGGCAUCUACUUUAAGCUCAAUUCAACAUUGGUUGGCAGAGUAACAUAAGAAGAAAAAAGACAAGCGAUGAAACCAAAGCCAGCUCCUCUUGGUUUUGGAACCUUGCACACUUUCACAACUCUUAGUUUUUGUUGCACUUCCCUUCUUCUUCAUCAUCAUCAUUAUUAGGUUCCCUCUUUUGGAAACUCUCCUCAAUGCUUUGGUUGAGUUGUUCCACUCCCUUUGUUCUUUUUCCUUUUAUUUGCUUCAUAAAUCACACACCCCAUUUCAACUUCUGAGAUAUUUUUUUUCUUCCCUUUUGUUUUCUUGUUUUUGUUUUUGUUUUCUCAGUAUUAUUUAUUUAUUUCUUUUCAACUGUUUCUGUUUGCAACUCAAUCAAGAUUCAAUUGGGUGUCUGUGAUAUCCGACACACCCCAAUUCAAUUAUAGCAAAGUGUCUCUUUCCUUAUGUGUUGGUUAUACUAAAUAAUUGAUGUUAGGAAACAUGUUAACUCAAUGGAUUGGAUACCCCUUUUUUCAUUUUACCACUGUGUGAAGUGCAGGGUGAAGAACAAUUUCCAUAGUUUUUAUUGUUAAUAAUUCUGCUGGAUUUUCCUUUUUUGAUUGUUUUGGAAUUCUGGGUAUGCUUUGAAUUUUGCCAAUUUUGGGGAUAAAUAUUUCAAAGUUCAAUUUAUCUUUUUAGUUAAGAAAACUAACCAUACAAUUUCAGUUGGAUCAACAUGUUACCUGAACCCUAUGAUUCAAGCUUUCUCGUAUCUCUCCCUGAUGAUGUUUUCGCCAUUGUUUCUCGGUUCCUUUCACCGAGAGAUGUGUGUAGCUUGGGCUUGUGCUGUAAGAGCUUGAAUGCUCUUGUGGCUUGUGAAAAAAUCUGGCUAACUCAAUGUGAUGUUUUGGGCAUAGUGCCCCAUAAAGACCUUGUUGAGUGGAGAAAUGGUGUGUGUUCUUACAAGGCUCUAUGCCAUUUCCUUCUCAGUGUUCAACCACUGAUUGGAUUAUGGGUUCAUCAGAAUCCGGAGCUAGGCAAUGUGGUGUAUGUAAUGCCCGGAUUUAUGUCGGUUGUUGGUUGCAGGGUAAUCCCUCAGGAGCUUGGUCCAUUGGGCAUUGAAGAUGGCCCAAUCCUCUGGGCAUGUGUCUUUGAAGUUAUUGCUGAUUUUGAUGGUUCGACUGUAUUUUUCCUUCAUGGUAGGGAGAAGGGUAUUGAUUAUAUAUAUCCUGGUUCUGUCAAGCCUGUACAGAAAUCUUGCAAUGUGCUGUUGCUCGAGGUAGAACCCGGACAACAACAAAAGAAUGUUGGUGCUUUGUUGCAGAGUAAAAGCUUUGUGCACCAUUCGGGUGUAGAGUUAUCAAGGAAUGUUUGUCGGUCGAAUAGUGACAUUUCUAGGUCACAAAGGGUGAAUGGAAAUAAUGAGACAAUGGUUCCUUUCAGCAAAUUAGCAUUUAGUGAUAGAAGAAAGUUGCUAGAGGCAACUACUAGCCAAGUCCGGCAAAGGGUUCCUGAUAUGGCAAUUGGACCAUUGUUUCCUGGGUUAAGGGAUGAUGAUGAAAACUUUCAGAAGGAUUUGGUUCUCUUAUGGGAAAGACGAUCGUUCCUUAGUCAAAUCUACGAGCUUGGUAGUAAGCAGCUGGUAAAUAGAGCAAGUUCUCAAGAUAGAGUUGGUCCAACACACUUAGAACUUGAUGGUAUCAGAAAGAGUUUUGAUUGUUCAAGAGCCAUUUGUAACCCUUUGCCGGAGGAGGAUAGUCGCAUCAAAAGAAAAGGUCUUCGUGGAUAUUUCUUGGAUGGCCUUAAACAUAUGCUUGGAAGAUCUAAUUCGACGAAUGACAGCCAUAUGAUUUCCAAGAAGCUUACUUCAAGCAGUGAGAUGAGGCAUGCUCGCCUUCAAGAAUUUCUUCGAUCGAGCAAUACAAUAAGACUAACAUUGAAUGCCUCGACAAUGAAGUUGUCUUCUUAUCGAGCAUGGCCAAAUAUGCAUGACAGUCGGUUCGCACUUUACAAGUUGCCAUUGCGAGUUCCUAGAGCUGACCAAGAAUAUGCUGGUUUAUGGGGAGGGACUUUUGGUUGGCCUCCCGGAAAGCCUUCCGAAGACAAGCCUGGAAAAGCUUUGUUCUUUCUUCUGCUCUCUUAUGAGGAGUUGCAAGGACAACAGCUUCUCAUUGCAACGAAAAUUUUGGAAGGCACACACUAUGUCUUGCAUCCUAAUGGUUCAGCAAUGUUUAUAGUGAAUAUCAAUGAGCCUUCGGAUGAGCCAUUUCCUAGGAGCACUGAUGGAGACUCAUUUCCGGUGGAUAUCAAGCAUGUUUUCGUGGGGGAGGGAAUUGCAAGCGGCUAUGGGUUUAGAUACCCUGGAUCAAAGCCCGGUUCGCUCUUUGUUCUUCAAAAUGGUAUCCUUGCCUUCAUUUGGAAGGAAUCAAGGGCUGUUUUGACCUUGCAAAGACUCAACUUGCAAGAACUUCUAAAGAAGGGUGAAAGGGUACCUUCCCUGCCUCCUGUCGCCAAUUUUUCGUAUCUGACGAAGUCCUACUCCAACGUGUUUGCUGGCUUUCCGAGCGCUUCGAAUUGUUUAUCUACGCCAAGGCAAGGACUAGAUUUAUGACAGAAUGGUUAUAAGCUUUCUGGCCGAUGCUGGAGUCGCGUUGGUUGUUACAGAAUAUAAUUACUUGCUGCUGUAUUUUUAUUUAGUUAUUUUUCAUUUCUUGAGGAUUAAUGAUGAAAGAAUUUAUGUAAUUUUCGUCAAGAAAUGUCCUAUAAAUGACAAUUUAAUUGUCUUGUGCUGCCAUGAA